AUGGAGGGCAGGGCCGGCCACGGGCUGCCCGGGGUGUCCCCACGCGUGUCCCCGGUCUCCACGCUGGCGCUGGACAUGGACAACCUGGCGGGGCUGGGAAGCCACUGGGACACCCCGAAGAGGCGGGCGAUUCCUCCGGGGCUGCGCUCCCCCGUUUCCCUCCCACAGCCGGGGCCCUCGGAAUCCCCCCGGGAACUCCCCCGGGAUCUUCCCCGGGAUUCCGUCUCCUCCGAGUCCUCGGAUGCGGGUUUGGGGCCGGACUCGCCCCCCGCUCAGGACCCCGCGGCGCUGGACGAUGUCUUCGAGGGGGCGAUCCUGAAGCCUGGGAGGGGACACAGAGACCGCGGGAUCCGGCGGAUCCGCUCCCUGCCGCCCCGGCUCCUGGCAGGCGGUGCCCCCCUCAGGGACAUCUCACAUGGCACCGAGUUCAACGGCCGGGGGGACCCCCGGGAACAGGGCGCUGUCCCGGUGUCGCGGGGGAUGGAGAACCUGCUGCGGGCGCCGCUGCUCCGGGGGGAGCCCGGGGGAGCUCCGGAGCCCUCGGGAUCCCGGGGAUCUCCCCCGGGCUGCUGGAGCCUGAGGCGGCCGGAGCGGCCCCGGCGGGACAGGGACGGGGACAGGGACAGGGACGGGGACCCCGCCGGGCGGGCCAAGCGCAGACGGAGCAGCAUCGCAGGGACACGCGGGGAGGGGGCGGCGGAGCCGGGGGUGUCCCCUGACCCCGGGAUGUUCCCCCUGUCCCCUGGGGCUGUCCCCUGA